UGAGCUCCCUGUGUUUGACUUUGCUAAUGUCCGCCCCAGUCCUUCUACGUAGCUGUAAAGUAUUUCCAAGAAUUCACAUCUUCUGCUGCACAUUUCCGCGGAUAUCACCAGUAAUACACUCAAGAUGAAAGGAGUGCUUGUUGGAGGAUUGCUCUUUGUUGGAAUGGGAGCAGUAUUCUGGGUGUUCGGUUGGUCCAUCGGAAAUUAUGUGACCGGCCCAUCAUCUGGUGGGAAGGCAAAGCCUAAUCCUAUACCUCCUGUUGAUUCCUCUGGUGGUCCCUACUACAGAGGAGCUGUCGCUGCCGAUGCCAAAAACUGCUCUGCCAUUGGAGUUAAUAUUUUGAAAAGAAAAGGGUCUGCUGUUGAUGCUGCAAUAGCCACAAUGCUUUGUGUUGGAGUGAUCAAUAUGCACUCAACUGGAGUCGGUGGUGGUGGAUUCAUGCUCGUGUACAACAAGACAUCAAACACAACGGAGGCUAUUGACUUUCGAGAAAAGGCUCCUGUAGCUGCUAAUGAAUCUAUGUUCGUUGACAAAGUGCGUGAUGCUAAAUUUGGUGGUUUAGCUGUUGGUGUUCCAGGAGAGGUGCGGGGCUAUUAUAAAGCGUGGGAGAAAUAUGGACGGUUAAGGUGGAGAGAUAUUGUCCAACCAGCCAUAGACAUAGCAAAGAAUGGCUUCUACAUUGGAAAACCAGUUCAUGAUGCAGCAAGCGAACUGAAAGAUGAAAUCAUUAACAACCCAGGACUGAGGGAGCUUCUUUUCAAGACAGAUGGGAAAACGUUGAAAGACCGUGAUUCCCCAAUCACCAAUCUCAAAUAUGCAGCUACUUUAAAGACCAUACGAGACAAUCCACACAGCUUCUACAAUGGAACACUUGCACGAAACAUCAUUAGAGACAUACAGUUCAUGGAACCGCAAGGCAUCAUGGGCCUUGAUGACCUCAAAAACUACACGGCAGAGAUCAGAAAAGGGCUGAGCGGCAGACUGGGACCAAAUCUUGUGAUGCACACUGUACCGCCCCCAGCUAGUGGAGCUGUUAUGCACUUACUUCUAGAUAUUUUGAAAGGCUAUAACUUUACUGAAUCGUCACGUGACUUAAAGGAUACAAACACAUCCACUCUGACCUAUCACCGGAUCACUGAGGCAUCCAAGUUUGCGUUCGCCUGGAGAAGUCGACUUGCUGACCCCGCAUUUGAUGGUAGCGUGGAGAAGUAUGUGGAAAAGAUGCUUGACCAGUCUACCGCUGAUUAUCUCCGGGCGCAGAUCUGGGAUAAUCAAACUCAUGACAACGUUUCUUACUACGCGAACUACUUCUCAUACGAAGACCACGGCACAUCGCAUCUUGCGGUGCUCGCACCCAAUGGAGACGCUGUCUCUCUCACGUCUAGUAUCAACCUCAGGUUUGGAAAUCAGCAUCGCUCCACUACCACAGGAAUAAUCUACAAUGACCAGAUGAGCGAUUUCGAUAACCCGGGCAGCAAGAGACACGCGGGUCUGUCCCCCUCUGAGCUGAACUUCCCCGCACCCGGCAAGCGGCCAUUUUCAUCCAUGACGCCCGUCAUCAUCACCGACAACAACGGCAACGUCAAGAUGGUCUUCGGUGCGUCAGGGGGCAAACAGAUUAUCACCGCUACCUCGCAGGCGAUAAUGAACAAGCUGUGGUUCGGACGCAGCCUUAAGCAGUCGAUAGAAGACCUUCGGAUCCACACACAGCUCAUUCCGGAUGAUUUUCUGUACCACGAAGCCAACUUCCCACGAGAUAUCCUUGACGGGCUGCGUAAUUUGGGUCACGACCUGAAAGAGCUCAAGCACUAUGCUGCUGUCCAAGGAAUAGUUAGAGAAACACGAGGAGAGAUCUACGCGUGGUCAGAUUCACGGAAGAGUGGAAAACCUGGGGGCUUUUAAAUCAUCCAAAACUCAUACUCAAAUAGUGUGUUAUAAGAAACGUGCUAUACUAAGCUUAAAGCAUUUGUAUCGCAUACUCGUCUAAUGUUUUGUGUACUAAUAGCAUAUUUUUAGGAUCUUAAAAAGCUCCAAAUGGUGUUACUAGAUCGACUACUCGUCUGUUUAAUUUUUGGAUGUCUUUGUUUAGAUUGAUCAAAGAAACGCCCAUCGAACCUUUAGAAUCCAACUAGAAUGCUUUUUUCUGAAAUACGUAUAUAUCAAUAAUAUAUAGAUUUAGAAAUAAACACCUUUUGUGUUGA